AUGGCGAUCCAAACACUUGCAGUCGCCGUUAUCACGGUGGUGUAUUUCAUCAUUCGCUAUUUUAACCGCACCGAUAUCCCUAAGAUCAAAGGCCUCCCGGAGAUCCCUGGAGUACCCAUCUUCGGAAACCUCCUGCAACUAGGAGAUCAGCAUGCAACAGUCACGGGGAAAUGGGCAAAGAAGUUUGGACCGGUUUUCCAAGUGCGCAUGGGAAACAAGCGCAUCGUGUUCGCCAACAGCUUUGAAUCCGUCCGUCAAUUGUGGAUUAAGGAUUCAUCCGCUCUGAUCUCCCGCCCGACUUUCCACACUUUCCACAGCGUUGUCUCCAGCUCACAGGGGUUCACCAUCGGAACAUCGCCGUGGGAUGAUUCCUGCAAGAAACGCCGUAAGGCAGCCGCCACAGCGCUGAACCGACCGGCCGUGCAAUCCUACAUGCCUAUCAUCGAUCUCGAAUCCAAUUCCAGCAUCAAAGAACUUUACCGGGACAGCCAGAAUGGCAAACGUGAUGUGAAUCCCACUGCAUACUUCCAGCGAUUUGCCCUCAACACCAGUUUGACUUUGAACUAUGGCUUCCGCAUUGAGGGGAAUGUGGAUGAUACGCUGCUGCACGAAAUUGUGAACGUGGAGCGUGGCGUGUCUAACUUCCGCAGCACUUCAAAUAACUGGCAGGAUUACAUUCCCCUGUUGCGAAUCUUCCCCAAGAUGAACAAAGAGGCCGCAGACUUCCGGGGUCGCCGCGAUAAAUAUCUGACCUACUUACUCGAUAUCCUCAAGGAUCGGAUCGCCAAGGGUACCGACAAGCCUUGCAUCACUGGUAAUAUCUUGAAGGACCCCGAAGCUAAGCUGAAUGAUGCCGAGGUGAAAUCGAUCUGCCUGACUAUGGUGUCGGCUGGUCUUGACACUGUUCCGGGUAAUUUGAUUAUGGGAAUUGCCUACCUGGCAUCUGAAGACGGUCAAAGAAUUCAGAAGAAGGCCUAUGAUGCGAUCAUGGAGGUCUACCCAAAUGGGGAUGCUUGGGAGAAAUGCUUGGUAGAGGAGAAGGUCCCCUAUGUAACUGCACUGGUCAAGGAGAUAUUGCGAUUCUGGACAGUCAUUCCUAUUUGUCUGCCACGCGAGAGCACCAAGGAUAUCCAAUGGAAUGGAGCCACAAUUCCUGCUGGCACGACUUUCUUCAUGAAUGCUUGGGCUGCCGAUUACGACGAAGAUCACUUCAAAGAUGCCGAUAAAUUCAUCCCGGAGCGUUAUUUGGAGGUCAACGAGGGCGCAGGUACUCCACACUACGCAUAUGGAGCUGGUUCACGGAUGUGUGCAGGCUCACAUCUCGCUAAUCGCGAACUGUUUACUGCUUUUAUCCGCCUCAUCACUGCUUUCCACAUGCACACGGCGAAAGAUGCAGCCGACCGACCAAUCCUUAAUGCAAUUGAGUGUAAUUCGAUUGCGACAGCCUUGACAACCGAGCCAAAGCCAUUCAAGGUCGGAUUUAGUGCACGCGACCCUAAGAAGCUUGAGCAGUGGAUCGCCGAGAGCGAUGAACGCACCAAGGAUCUGUAA